ACGUGGUCAAACGUACGUUCGAGUUCAAAUAAUAAAUAAAUAUACUUUAUAAAUUAUCUUUACCAAUAUGUUCAGUAGUAAUUUCUUCAAAAAUCACACAUCUAAACGUAGUUAUCUAUUAUUUUAAGUCUGAAUUAGUGAAUCGAACGCUCAUUCAACUACUGCUUUGAUAAAAUGUUUUUUGUACAGACAUUGACGGUAUUGGCGCUGUUUUUUUGCGCAUGUUGUGCUACACAAUCUAAAGGAAUAGUUUCUUUAGACUCGUUGACUUUUGACAAGGUUCUUUCAAAAUUUAAAGUGUCAAUUGUCAAAUUCGAUGUCUCGUAUCCAUAUGGUGAAAAACACGAAGAAUUUGUAAAAUUAGGUUCUGCUUAUAAUUCGGUAGAAGAUUUGCUUGUGGCCGAAGUACCUGUGAAAGAUUAUGGAGAAAAAGACAAUGAAGAUUUGGCUAUCAGGUAUGGUGUAUCAAAAAAAGAUUUUCCAAUCGUUAAGUUAUUUGUGAAUGGCCAGUCGGAGCCAUAUACAUAUAAUGAUGAGGAUUUCAAUCAGGAAAAAUUACAAAAGUUUGUUGUUAAACAUAGCAAAGAAAUCUUGUACAUUGGACUUCCAGGUACAUUAGAAAAGUUUGAUGGCUUAGCAUCAGAAUUUGCCAAGCAAAAAUCUGAGGAAAAACGCAAAGAUAUAUUGUUGAGAGCCGAGAAAUUAUGGGACAGCAGCGAGGGAAAGCAAAAACAAAAGUCGGCCGAAGUGUACGUGAAGACUAUGAGAAAAGCUUUAGAAAAAGGUGACGAGUUUUUUCACACAGAAACUGUUCGCAUCAACAAUGUGCUUAAGGGUUCAAUGACUCAAGAGAAAAAAGCAGACUUGAGUGUUCGUUUAAACAUUUUGGAAUCAUUCAAAGUACCACACGAUGAGUUGUAAACUUCUUUUAUUUGAUACACUACUUAUUUUAAAUGAGGUAUAUUUAGGGGUUGUGAUAUUUUUGUAAGCUAUUUAUUCACUUUAUAAAUGAAAAUAUUUUUAUAAUAACUUUUCUGAUUAAUGAUGAACAUCAAGUAAAGUACAUUUAUAAUUUAUGUAUGUAUUGUUUA